UCGACAGGCAAAGCCCAGCCUGGUGACGUGUUAGUGCGCACGCGCACGCCAGUGCUCAUGCUGCCCGCGCCCCGCGCGCUGGGUGGCCGGGAGCCGCUGGCCCGCAGUUCUCUGUUUCAUGACCCUCUUGUUGUGGGAUGUGAGGAGCCUGCCUCUGGAACAGCGUCUUUAUGUGAGAGAGACAGGCCCUUGUCAUCAAAGCCCUUCUCCCCUGAAGUUAAGACAGUCAGCGUGGGAAUUGGCACAAGGCCAGGCCUAGCAAGAGGAGCCAGCUCAGGACUGAGAUCUGACACUGAGACAGACGAUACCAUCCUGCAGAGGAGACAGAAGCAGAUAGACUAUGGGAAGAAUACUGUUGGCUACCAGCACUUCCGACAACAGGUCCCCAAGGCCGCUCGGCAGCCAGGGAUUCACCCCCAAACUCCAAAUAAGUACAAGAAAUAUAGCCGCCGGUCCUGGGACAUGCAAGUCAAGCUGUGGAGACGGGCACUGCAUGCCUGGGACCCGCCCACCCAGCAUCCUCUCCUGUGUGGACAAGGACUUCCAAGGAAAGAGAUGGUGACUCUCUCAGGAAUGAUGGAGACAAACUCUUUGUGCGGCUUCUCAGAAGACUGGCCUGGUGCCCUGAGGCCUCUUGAAAACCUGCCAGGAGAAUUACUGGGCGGACAGUUGGCUGGCCUGUCAUUUCCUGGCUGCUCGUCUCCAUGGCUGCCCCAGAUCCACUCAAACUUGCUGCCCUUCCUAGGAAAUGUGCACACUUGCCCAUACUGCUCCUGGAUGGAGCUAUAAGGAGAGUCCAGCGCAUUUGUUGCCCCAAACACUGUCAUUUCUGAGGUGUGGGAAGAGCUCAGGCAUCAAGUUACAUACAAGCCCAGCUGCAAGGAUCUCCUGAGCUCAUGGAGGACAUUGAAUUAUCCUGAAGCUUGCCCCUGGGACAGAAAGGGGGCUUGGUGUUAAUGUUCAGGCUUGGAGCUGAGCAUCAGACCCCUUACACAAUGCACAAACAGAGAGGUAGCUGCUGGGUUUGUAUCUCUUCCCACAGCCCAACCUCCAACAUUGUAGAGAGAACUUUCUGUCAUCUCAGUAUCUGUAACCCCAGGCAUUGCAGUGAAUGUCAGCACACAUAGGACCAAUUCUUUCUGCUUCCCUUCAGGAAUCUGUUUGGUCUCCUGUGUUUAAGGGAAAGCUAUAUAGAAGGGGUUGGAAAAAUGGAAACUGAGGUCAAUAAAAUUUCCCCAAAGACUCUAUAA